AUGCUAGUACUUACAGGUAUCCUAAUCACUACACUUUUGAUCAUUAUAGUGACCUAUUUAUGGCAUAUUCGACAAAUAUAUAAUUUCUUCAAUCGACUCUAUAUUCCUGGCCCUCCACCAACACUCUUUUUUGGAAAUUUUUCGGAUCUUGUUAAGACUAAACGAUUGUCGAUUUCAAUAAAACAAUGGACUGAAAAGUAUGGUCCUAUUUUUGGCUAUUUCGAAGGGCACACUCCAAUUUUAGUUAUAUCCGAUCCCGAUGUAUUACAAGAUGUAUUUGUUAAAUCUUUUUCAAAUUUUCAUUCACGUCGUGCUUUUCCACUGGAAAAUCGCCAUGCUAAAGAAGUUCAUAUAUUCAGUGCUUCUGGUCUUCGUUGGAAACGACAACGUUUUGUAAUUAAUCCAACAUUUUCAUCAGCAAAACUCAAAAAAAUGACACCACUCAUUCAUCGAAGUAUCGAUGUAUUUAUGAUGAAGAUGUCUGAAGAAUGUAAAAAGAAUCAACCAUUUGAUAUUUAUGCUUAUUUUAAACGAUUUACUAUGGAUACAAUAUGGUCAUGUGGUUUUGGUGUUGAUACAGACAUGCAAAAUAAUAUUAAUGAUCCAUAUUUAUUCCAUUCACAAAAAGUUUUUAGCACAGAAAAUGCUGUCAAAAUAUUGGUACUUCUAUCUUUGUUUAUAACAGAAUUAAAUAAUAUUUGGUAUAAAUUACAUGUGCUUGAAAAUUUUAUACGUCAUUGGCUUCGAUAUAUUUUUCCAUGUACGAGAAAAUUUAUUGAUGAAGAACCGUCUAAAUGGAUUGUCAAACAAGCAUAUCAAUUGAUUGACAGACGUAAAAAAGUUGAUCAAAGUAAUCGAAUUGAUUUAAUGCAAUUAAUGCUUGGAUCAGCAUCGAAAGAUGAUGUUAUUCAAGUACGAUCCUCUCAUUUUCGUUUAAUAAAAAAUUUAGAUUUAUUUUUAUUUCAGGAUCCUGAUUCAUCUUUUGUGAAAAAGAACGAAACAGUCAUAGAGCCACCAAUUAUUCGUAAACUAACCAUAUCUGAAAUCGCUUCGAAUGUUCAUCUAUUUAUGAUUGCUGGUUAUGAAACAACAAGUACUGCAUUAGCUUAUGCUUCUUAUGUUCUUGCAACUCAUCCAAAAGAACAACAUAAAUUACAAAAACAUAUCGAUAGUUAUUUUGAUUGUGAAACAGAAUAUAUUAACCCAUCGUACGAUACAAUAUCACAAAUGGAUUACUUAGAUAUGUUUGUUCGAGAAACUCUUCGCAUGUAUCCAAUUGCACCAAUAGCAAUCAAUCGUCAAAGUGCUGAAGAUUUUCAUGUAAAAAAUAUUGGUAUUAUUCCUGCUGGUACGUCAAUAACUGUUGAUAUCUAUCGUUUACAUUUUGAUCCUGAUUUGUGGGGUCCUAUCGAUCCACAUAUAUUUCAUCCUGAACGAUUCGGUACCAAACGUCAUCCAAUGGCAUGGAUACCAUUUGGAGUUGGACCACGAAAUUGUGUUGGAAUGCGAUUUGCUUUGACAGAACUAAAAAUGAUACUUAUUUGUCUAUUGAAAAAAUAUUCUAUUAUCGAUUGUGGCGAUCAAACACAUAAACCAUUCGAAAAUCUUAAAGAAUAUAUCGUUAUUGCACCUGAUCAAGUUAUUGUUCAAUUACAACAUAGAGAUGGACAUCAUGAAUAA